AUGGAUAAACCUACUAUGCAUAUGUUGGAUGUCCAGGAGAAAGGGGGACAGACUAGAAAAGCUAAUCAGUAUAUAGCUGCUGUUGCAGCUGCAAUAGCCGCGGUCGCUGGAGGAACCAUCCUAGCAUGGACUUCACCAGCCCUACCUCAACUGGAACCGUUCAAGAACGUCACGAUAGUCAAUGGCACGGCAUCGAACUCCACAGCCAAUGUAACAGGCUCGGGCUUACCAGCAAACUACUCAGGCUUAGUCAACUCUUUAGGACAACCCGCUGACUUCCUCUUGGAUACCACGCAAAGUUCCCUUGUAUCAUCAAUCCUUGCCAUUGGAGCAGCUAUCAGUGCUCUUCCAGUGGGUGUGCUAGCUAACAAAGUUGGCAGAAGACCGACAGUGCUCAUCCUCUCCAUACCAUUCCUGCUCAACUGGCUGCUCACCAUCUUCGCGAAUGGAGCUGGAAUGCUCAUUGCUGCGAGGUUCUUCGCUGGAUUGGCUACUGGUGGUGCUUGCGUGGCGGCUCCAAUGUACAUCGGCGAGAUAGCAGAGACUUCCAUCCGAGGGUCUUUAGGUGCCUUCUUCCAGCUGUUCUUGACUGUCGGCAUCCUGUUCACCUUCGUGGUCGGUGGCUGGACUCAUUGGAGAACCCUCUCCAUCAUCUCUGCUGUCUUCCCCGUUCUAUUGGUUGCUGUGUUCUGGUGGAUGCCAGAAACUCCUCAGUAUCUUCUUGGCAAGAACAGGCGACGUGAUGCGGAAAAGUCUCUCCGUUGGCUGCGAGGACCUGACGCCGACCUUACCGCUGAACUGGAGGAGAUGCAGAAAGAUGUGGACGAAGCAUCUCGUCAAAGAGCCGGAGCGCUAAGCAUGUUAACAAACAAGGCCCCUCGUAUGGCGCUCAUCUGUGGUCUAGGUCUUAUGUUCUUCCAGCAGUUCAGUGGCAUCAACGCCGUCAUCUUCUAUACUAACAACAUCUUCCAGUCUGCUGGCUCCAACAUCCCUCCUGUCAUUGCUACCAUCAUUGUAGGAGUUGUUCAGACCAUUGCUACCUACCUUUCGUCCGUCUUCGUUGAUAAGGCUGGUCGUAGAAUCCUACUCCUCCAAAGCACAAGUAUCAUGGGUCUCUGCCUCGUCAUCCUUGGCAUCUACUUCAAGAUGCAGAAAGAUGGCUACAACGUCGGCUCCUUCGGUUGGAUCCCUCUCGUUUGCCUCAUCCUCUUCAUCGUGUCCUUCUCCAUGGGCUUCGGUCCCAUUCCUUGGAUGAUGAUGGCUGAACUCUUCCCUGUAGAGUAUCGUGGAACUGCCACUGGUAUUACGGUCAUUACCAACUGGAUGCUGGUCUUCGUGGUCACCCUUUGCUUCCCCAUUAUGCAGGUAGCUAUAGGCAUCUACAGUUGCUUCUGGUUCUUCGCUGGCUUCAUGGUCCUUGGCACCAUAUUCGUCUUCUUCCUCAUCCCUGAGACCAAAGGUAAGACUGUAUCCCAAAUCCAAGCCAUUUUGGCCGGUAAGAACUAUUAA